AAAAAAUCACAGAAACAUUUAAAAGAACUUCUCUAUCCGCUUGCCCUUUCACUCCCCCCUUCAAUCACCUUCAUCCCUAUUCUUCUCUUCUCUUGCCUGUGACUGCACUGCUUGCUCUUUCUUAAUACAAACGGCUCUCCAAAGAAACAAACCCCCAACCCGCAGCUUCAUCGCACUGUAAAAAUGAUCAUCUACAAGGAUAUCAUCAGUGGGGACGAGAUCAUGUCCGACACCUACAAACUCAUUGAUGUUCCUGGCGGUGUCCUCUGGGAGGUCAACUGCAAGAAGUACGCUAAGAAGGCAGAGAAUUUUGAGCUCGCUGGCGCCAACCCCUCUGCUGAGGAGGCCGGUGACGAAUACGGUGGUGGUGAGGAGAGCAGCGGCGUCAUGGUCCAUGAUAUUGAAGAGGCUUUCCAGCUCCACUGGUUGAAGCCUGACGAGAACGGAGUGGAAACGAAACCCUCCAAGGACUCUUUCAAAUCCCAUCUCAAGAGCUACGUCAGGAAAGUCAACGACAAGCUCAAGGAGAAGGGCGCUAGCCCUGAGGAGAUCAAGGAAUUCCAGACCGGAGCCCAGGCUGCUGUCAAGAAGAUCCUUUCCAAUUAUGACAACUACGACGUCCUCAUGGGCUCUUCCAUGGACCCCAAUGGAAUGCACGUCCUCAUUGACUUCCGUGAAGACGGCAUGACUCCAUAUGCCACUAUCUGGAAGCAUGGCCUUGAGGAAAUGAAGGUCUGAGGUGAAUCAGAAAGUGAAGGGACAAGAAGUUAAAAAAAAAAGAAAAAAAGAAUAAAUAAAGACAAAGCUGUGUAUGCACUGGCUCUUGGAGGUGCUGUGGUCUGUUGUUGGUAAUUCUUGAAAAAUUUUUUCCCCCUUUUCCUCUUUCUUUAUUUUGUGUGUGUGUGUUUUAGGCAUUGGUAGCCCAUUAUGAAGAUCAUUCGAGCCUAGAUUCCUGUUAAAUGCAACCAAAAUCUUUCGAGUUCGA